AACGGCUAUGACUUCAACUUACAAAAUGAUUUCUGCUUUGGCUAUGACUUCUGCUAUGACUUUGACUUCUGCUACAACUUCUGUUUGGCUAUGACUUCUGCUAUGACUUCUGCUUCUGCUACGACUUCUGCUAUAACUUCUGCUUCAGCUAUGAUUUCUACUAUAACUUUUACUAUGACUUCUGCUACAACUUCUGCUACAACUUUUCAUUUCUUUAAAAAAAUAAAAUAA